GCCAUUUUGUGUGGGAGAUAGAGAGGGGGCCGGUGGCUGGAGCGGUUCGGGCUGUGCUUUGCGGGAGGGGGGGGGUUGUCGGAAAGUGACGGCGGAGGAGCAGCAGCGGGGUCGGUGCCUAAAGGCCCGUGUGUGUCUGUGCUUGUGGGCGAACGAGACGGACAGAAGUCGUGGGACUUCUCCCUUGGAGCUUCUGUGCCGAGAAUCCGAUGUUGGGCUCGGCUACCUGGCUGAAUACAGCAGAUCAGCCCAUGAAAACUUCUAUUCCUAGCCAAAGGAAGGAGUCCAGCAAAAGGCAGCACCUACGCUUUCAGGCUUGGAAGCAAGAAAGGGGGCAAGAGUUGGAAAGUGUGGAAUCUGAGAAGACAACUGAAAGGUGACAUUUAAGUUGAAGAUGGGUGGUGGAGAAAGAUUCAACAUUCCAGUUCCCCAGUCUAGAAAUACCACCAAGAACCAUCAACAACUUAAAAACAGACAGAAGAAUAAAGACCAGAAUUCGCAGAUGAAGACCUAUAUGAAGAAAGAAAGAGGACAUGGAUCCAACUCAUCAUCUGGUGCAUGGCAGGCCAUGCAAAAAGGGGGAAAGAACAAUGUUCACUUCCCCAGUAAUCAAAAUUGGAGUCCAACUUUAUCGAAUCGCAACCUGUUUUUCACACCUCAAACCAAUCAGAACUAUGCUGGAGCAAAAUUUAGUGAGCCACCCUCACCAAGUGUUCUUCCUAAGCCACCAAGCCACUGGGUACCUGUUCCUUUUAAACCUUCUGACAAAGAAAUAAUGACAUUUCAGCUUAAAACAUUACUUAAAGUCCAGGCUUGAAAUGUGCAACUUUUUAUACUUAAAUUUACAGGGUUUCAAAUUAUUUUAUUCCUAACUCCAGGUGUACAGAACUAGAUGUUCUUGCUGCAUGUAGUCACUUGGAAGAGGAGGGUGGAAGUUUACAUUCCCCAUAUGUUUUACCUCAAAAGUUGUGUGCUGUGUUUGCUUCACUGUGAAAUAGGUAUUUUCUCUAGAAUCAAUCUAAUCUAAUCCUGAACAGUCACCGUUUAUUAUAUUUAUUCUGAGAGUAAAUGGGACUGUCUCCCAAAAUUGGAAUUGUGACUACUUUUGGUAUGGUGUUAGAAAACCAGCUUUUACCUAACUCAAUGCAGCAUUAACUGGAAAAAAAAAUGCACUGAAAGCUUUAGUCAGGUACUUUGCUGCUUUUCAAACUUGUAUAAAAUUUGCUAGUUAAAUAAAAACUCUGCAGAGCAGAUUUGCUGAGCAGUGGAGACCCCCACCUAGGCCUGAGGUAAACCACAGAUUAUUCUCUUGUUUAUACUUGUGAGCUUUAUUUGGUGCUCUUGAAUUGGUGGACGAACAUUUCAAGCCUGUGACUUAAAGCUGAGAUCUAGGAAACAUUGGUGUGUGUUCUUGAAAGGACGGAAGAACACAUCGGGCAAAUGUGUAAUUGCCUCUCUCCAGCUCUAGCAAUACUUCACUGAAAUAUCAACAAAUCAGACUGUGCCAACUAAUGACGUUGCAUUGCCAGAUGACUGCCAAAAAACUCCAAAAAAUCCUUUGUAUUCCAGUUGCACUGAUGAAUUCUAAAAUGUUUUUGUAUCAGUUUUUAAAAUUGUGAAAAAAGUGGAGUAGUUACUUAGACUGGUCUUAAAUUGGCUACCCUGUAAUAAUUGUUUUAAGGUACAGUAGCUUGUGGCAGGUAUUAAAAUGUUUUAAUUUUGUAAGGAAAGACAGAGCCAUGUAAAUAAAUGUAAAACUUUGUAGCAUAUGUAAAUUUAUGCUGGGCUUUCCUGCACAGAAGUAUUUUUAGUACAAAACUGCUGAAUGUAAGAUGACCAUGUUGAAUACAUGGCCUGAUUUAAAAAAAAAAAUAUUUUUGUUUAAAAAAACCCCCACAUUUGUGGCUGUGCCCUUGCACUUAACAUACAGUGGAUAUGCACGUUUUACUUGCUUGUGAUCUCAUUUUUGAAGUAAACUCAGUGCAAAAAAAGGCUUAUUUAGAAUUUUUUAAUAAAAUAAAAAAAACUAAAAAAAAAAAGCUGCUAAAGUUUAAGAUACUUGUUCUGAAUGUAUAGGAGAGGUGUGUAUUAUAUGAUGAAAAAACAAAGGUUCAAAAAUCAUGUUUCACAAGAAAUGCAGAUGGCUGAGUUUAGGUACUUGAUAAAACCAAAGUACUGUAAAUUUUCUGUUUCUAAAAUGCAUUAAUGCUACAUUUUGUCCCAGUAUUUGCCAGAAUGUCAACUUCAGAAUGGGGACAGGGGCCGCUGCCAGUGAGCGGCAUUCAGCGCUGUCACAGUUCAGCUGAUCCUCUAAUAGAAGCGGCAGAACUGUCAUAACAGAAUCCAAGGUUAUUUCAAAAUACAGUAAUUGCUAAAAAAAAAAAAAAGUGCUUUAAGUUGAAAGUAGUUUUGCAGAUUGCGGAAUGUUGAGAUGUCUUUCUGUACAUUCAAAAUGCAUUGGCAGCUGGUUGAAUGUUUACAAAUCUAUUGCUCCAAAUAUGAUGGAAUUGGCAGUUUUUAAAUUUUAACCAAUGUAUGAGCUGUAUCCCAGUUACGAUUGUGUAUACUCGACUUCAAAUUGUCAAUUAUUAAUGGUGUAUGUACAAAUUGGAAGCAACAAAAAUUUAAAUAAACUAAACUUUUUACCCCCUAAAA